CACAAAAACACAACAAAAAAAUACUCCUUAUUACAACAAAAAAACUAACACACCAAGUUUCUCCAACACAAACAAAGUAAGUGAUGACACCAACAAAAGAUCCAUCGAGUGAAGCCAUGGAAGAAAAAGUAGACGCAUCUAGAGAAGCCAUGUCAACAGUGGCACGCAAGGCACCUAUAACAAUUGAAAGAAAAGUUCCAGAAAACUUGGAUACCAAGCUUCCCAAGCCUUAUAUGCCACGAGCCUUGGUUGCCCCUGAUGCAGAGAAUGUGAAUGGCACCUGGGGUCACAAGCAUAAUGACAUGUCUGUCCUUCAACAACAUGCCUCCUUCUUCGAUAUCGACAAUGAUGGUAUCAUAUAUCCAUGGGAGACAUUCAAAGGAUUUCGCGCGCUUGGUUUCAAUGUUGUUUCUUCCUUCAUAUUUACAAUUAUUCUUCAUGUAGCUAUGAGCUAUUCAACUCUUCCUACAUGGCUACCUUCACCUAUGUUACCAAUUUACAUACGAAAUAUACAUAGAGCAAAACAUGGAAGUGAUUCAGGGAGCUAUGACACAGAGGGAAGGUUCGUUCCAGCAAAUUUGGAACUAAUGUUCAGUAAGUAUGCUCGUCAAGUGCCUGAUAAAUUGUCAAUGAGAGAGUUGUGGCACAUGACUCAAGCAAACAGUGUUGCAUAUGACUUCUUUGGCUGGGCUGCAAGCAAAUUUGAGUGGGGUGUUUUGUAUAUUCUAGCAAAAGAUGAACAAGGUUUUCUAUCAAAAGAAGCUGUGAGACGAUGUUUUGAUGGAAGCUUAUUUGAGUAUUGUGCUAAAAUGCGUAAUGGUGCAACUGGAAAGAUGGCUUGACAACUUCUUCACUAAAUGUUCUCAUCAAUGUCUUUCUUCUACCUUUAUAGAGUUGCAGCACCAUGGUAUAUUACUAUUGUAUUCUUCAUCAUUGGAUUGAUAAUGUGUAAUUACAUUUAUACAAUCAAGGUUAUAUAAUCCAAGGAAGAAAUGUGAAAAUAAGGUGUAUGUAUGAGUCUAUUGGUGACAGAAAAGAUGAUACCAAAUAGAAAGAAGAGAAGA